AUUUACCUCGAAUUGACACGGAAUUUUAACGGCCAUUUUUUUUUCUCUACCCAUCUUUUUUUUUUUUCAACUAUCUCGUGUGUGAUUUGUAUGUGCCCUAGGUCGCUUCAAGUUGUCCUAAACUCUAAAGUGUAUUGUGUGGUGCAACGAGGGCCCAAAUAUAUACAUAUAUAUGUACACACACAAUUACAAAAUAAUAAGAAAUUAUUUAUAAAUAUUAUAAAUCCAACAAGUAAAUUAAUUAAUCGUGAUGCUCGAACCAUUUAUUAACAAUUUUAGUUUAACGUGUGGGUUUUAAAAAGUUGUGUGGUUAAAAUAAUAUAUAUAUAUUUCAAUUUUUUUGCAAUAUUAACGGACUGAUAUUAAUUCAGUUUGAGUGUUCAACAUCAUGGCUAAAAGGAGUAACAACAAUUUCACUGGACGACGACCUCCCGGUGAUAAACCAUAUGAUCUAAACGACUCUUUCGUGAAGAAGAUGGCCACAAAAAUGGGUGAAAUGAUACCACAAAAAUCUUGGAUAAGUAAAUGGUUUAAUUCACCUGGUUCAAAUGGAAAUCUUUUUGUAGACAGAGAAGAUCAUAAUGAUAUUGAAGAAGAAAGUUUAUUACAACCACCAACAAAAAGACCAAGAAUACGUAUGGAUGUAACUCAUCCACCAGGUACAUUUACAAUACAACCAAUAAAUCGUAAACAAACACAAGAUCAAGAUACUGGUGAAUUUCAUGAUACAUUAACAUCAAUAGCUGGUCCAAGUUCAUCACAUUCAUUUGUUGCAUCAACACCAGCAAUACGUAAUACAAAUAAUUUAUUAUUAUCAUCAUCAUCAUCAUCGUCAUCAUUAUCAAAACCAAUAUUAAUACCACAAAACAAAAAUAAUGGUAUAAUUAUUAAUGGUAAUGAUAAUAAUUCAGAAUCUGGUGAAUCUACAAGUGGUUGUAGUUCAUUAAUACCACAAAUAAGUCAUAAAGAUUUAUCAGAACAUCAAAAUUAUCUUAAUUCAUUAUUUACAUCACGUAAAAAUAUUAUUGAUAAUAAAACAAAUAAUUUACAAUCACCAAGAUCAUUAUUAAUAGAUAGCAUUACAAGAGAUUCAAUGAGUACAAGACGACCAAGUUUUAGUGUAUCAAUGAUGAAUAAUAGUAAUAGUAAUAAUAAUAACAAUAAUAAUAGUAAUAAUAGUAAUAAAAAUAAUGAUAGUACAUUAUCAAUAAUUGAUAUUGAUAAAAAUACAAUAUUAUCAUCACCAUUUUAUACUGGUAAUACAACAUUUGGUGGUGCAAAUGCUGCUGAAAGAAGUCGUAAAAAUUUAGCAUCUGUACCAGGUGUAUCACAAUUUCAAUUAAAAGUACCAAGAAGAUCAAGUGUACAAGUUAAACCAUCAAAUACAACAACAAUAAGUAAUUCAAGUGGUAUGAGCCAAACAGCUAAAAGAAUAUUUGAAGCAUUGGAAAAUUUUUCAUCACCAAUAUCAGAUGCUAAAAAAAUACCAAUUAAAACAACAACAACUGGUAGUAAUAGUAGUUUUACUAAAAAACGUACACGUGAUGAAUCAUUCGAUACAUCAUCAUCAUCAACAACAACAACAAGAGUUGGAUUACGUCAUUUAACAAGAGAAUUAACUGUACCAACAAUUCCAGAUAUGCUUAGAUUAAAAAGACGACAAAAAUUACAAGAUACAACACUUGCUGCUAGAAGAAUAAUAUCAGCAAAUAGUGGUACAUUGUCAUCAAUAAAAACAAGCAAUAAUAAUGAUGAUAAUAAUAAAGCAUAUCAUCUUCGUACAGAUGAUGAUGAUAGUUCAAAAUUUUUAGGUAAAUUAAAGUCGAAAAUAAAUACACAAAAACGUACGACAAUUAAUUUAGAUGAACAAGUUGAACAAGUUAAUUUACCUAAUGUAACAUUGUCAAUUACAAAUUUACCUAAAUUUGAUAUAUCAUUACCAAAAUCCAGCAAUAGUCAAACUACAGUUAUUAAUAAAAAUAUCAUUAAUAAUGAUGAUACUGAAUCACCAACAAAAAUACGUAAAAUUGAAUCAUUUAAAUUUUCAAGUACAUCAACAACAGCAUCAACAUCAACAACAGCAACAACAACAACAACAACAACAUCAUCUUCGUCAAAUAAUACAUCUGCUAAUUUUGAAUUUUCAAGUCCAAUUAGACUUAAUAAUAAUGAUGUAAGAAAAAGUUUACAGCCAAUUAAUGAUUUUACAUUUUCAAUGCCAAUAAAUGCUGAUUUAAAAACAACAACAAAUUCAGAUAAAAGUAAUGAUACACCAUCAAUGAAUUUCAUUUGGUCAGGUACAUCAACUGCACCAAAACCAAAAUCAAUAAAUACUGAUAAUUUAGAUAAAAAAAAUGAAAGUUUUAAUAAUAAAAAUGUAGAAUUAAAAAGUGGCAGUUGUAUGGAUAUUUUGAUGAAUAAUAAACAACAAAAAAAUGAAGGUAAUAAUUUAUGGGAAUGUAGUGAAUGUUUUAUUAAAAAUAAUGAUAAUAUUGAUAUUUGUAUUGCAUGUAAAGUAUCAAAACAUAAAUCAUCAUUGAGUAAUAAAAAAUCAUCACUUGAAAAUAUAAUACAAGCAUCAAUUGGUAAUGAUAAUUUUAAAUUUAAUAAUAUUACAAAUGAUAAUACAAUUUGUAAUAAAUCCAAUUCAAAAUUAACUGAUGAAAGUAAUGAUAAUAAUUUAGAAAGUAAAAAUAAAUCAACAACAUUAAUAACAACAACACAAGAAAAUUCAAUAUUUGGAAAAGGUAAAAUUGUUGAUUCAGUUAUGGAUAAAUUAAAACCAGCCAAAGAUUCAUGGGAAUGUCCUGGUUGUAUGUUAAGAAAUCCAGGCAAUAUAAUAACAUGUCCAUGUUGUAAUGCAUCAAAACCAGGUCUCUUAAAAACAACAACAGAAAAACCAUCAAUUGAUACAACAAAAAUACAACAAAAUAAUUUUAAUUUUGGUACAUCAAGUACAUCAUCAUUUUCUGGUUUUGGUGAUAAAUUUAAAAAACCAACUGAUGUAUGGAGUUGUGAUAGUUGUAUGGUACAAAAUAAAAAUGAUAUUACUGAGUGUGUUGCAUGUGGUGGUCUUAAACCUGGUGCAACACCAAAAAUUCAACAACAAAAAUCAUCAUUAAUACCUUUGACAUCGUCAACAACAACAACAACAACAUCAUCAUUUUCUGGAUUUGGUGAUAAAUUUAAAAAACCAGCUGGUGCAUGGACUUGUGAUGGUUGUAUGAUACAAAAUAAAAGUGAUGUUACCGAGUGUGUUGCAUGUGGUGGUCUUAAACCUGGUGCAACACCAGUAGCUAAAUCAACAGUAUCAGACACAACGCCGAAAUUUUCAUUUGGUAUUCCUGCACAAAUUAAAACAACUGAAACAACUGAAACUAGUAAAAUUGGAACAAAUGGAUUUACAUUUGGUGAACCUUUAAGCAAAAGCCAAACAACAACAACAACAACCACAACCACAACAGCAGCUCAGCCAUCAUUUUCUUUUGGUGUACCUGCUACAACAAAUAACACAGAAGUAUCAGGUUUUACAUUUGCUGCACCAAAAAAAAUUGAUGCUUUUAAAGAUCUUGAUAAAACUGAAACAUCAAGUAAUUUACAACACACUGGUUUUACAUUUAAUACACCAACUGAUGUGAAAAAAUUACAAGAAAAUAAAGAACAAUCUAAAAAAAUUGAAACUAGUAUACCAACAACAUCAUCAACUACUCAAUUAUUAAAUACAAAUACUUCAGUUAUUUCUACACCAAGUAUAUCACUGUUAAAUUCAUCAAAUGAUAAAAAAACAAAUCAAGUUUUAUCAUUUGAACAACCAUCAGUAAUAAAAUCAGAUAAUAAAACUUUAUCGACAAUUGAAUCAACUGAAAAACCACAAACUUCAUUAUUUACAUUUGGAGCAUCAUCAAAUCAAAAAUUAUCAACACCAUCUAUAUUUGGUGAAAAAACAAUUGAAUCUAGUAAAACAACACCAUUAAUGUCAUUUGGUGCAACAUCAACAGCAUCACCAUCAACUAAUACAUUUGGAAGUAAACCAAAAAUGGAUAAUAUUCCAUCAUUUGGUACAAUAUCUGCAAAUAAUGAUAAUAAUAAUAAAAUAUCAUUUGAAGCACCAAAAACAGUAACAUUUGGUACACCAGUAUCAACAACAACACCAUCAACAACAGUUGCAUCUGCAACACCAACUCUAAGUUUUGGUAGUAUUCCUAGUAGUAAUAGUACUUGGCCAACAAGUACACCAUUAUUUGGUACAACUCCUGCAACAACAGAAAGUCAAUCUACAGCAACAAAAAAUAUUUUUGGAACUACAUCAAAUGUUGAAUCAACUACUAAAACUCAAACAUCAAAUCCAUCAUUAUUUACAUUUGGUGCAAGUUCAAAUACACAAAUAAAUAAACCAAAUCAAAGUACAACUGGUUUUCAAUUUAAUUCUCAACCAGCAGCCGCAUCAACAGCAACAGCACCAGCAUCAAAUACUUUUAGUACAUUUGGUACAUCUGUACAAGCACAAAAUUCAAAUAAUUUUACAUUUGGUAGUAAUUCAACUCCAUCAGCUACACCAGCAAUAUCAAAUACACCUUCAUUUUCAUUUAAUACUGCUGGUAAUAAUAAUAAUAAUACACCAACAUCAAAUGAACAAAAACCAGCAUCAAGUGGUUUUAAUAAUUUUAGUACAUUUGGUACACAAAUUAGUUCAACAACACCAACACCAUUUACAUUUAAUUCACCAAAACCAAAUACUGCAACAUCAUCAUUUUUUGGUAAUUCUCAAUCACCAGCUGUACCAUCAUUUUCAAGUUUAACACCAGCAAAUAAUACUGGUUUUAAUUUUAAUACAUCAACAUCAGCAACAAAUACAACAGCUCCUCAACCAUCAUCAACUGGAGGUUAUAAUUUCUCAUCUUCUGUACCACCAUCAACUGGUGGAUUUAGUUUUAAUACACCAACUCCAGCUCAACCAGUUGCAUUUGAUCCAACUUCAAAACCGUCCUUUAAUUUUACACAAGGAAGUGCUCCAACUACUUUUAUGGCACCACCACAAGCUGCUAGUCCUGCAUCUGCUCCAGGACAACGAAAAAUCAAGAAAGCAGUACGAAGAAUGCCACCAAGAUAAUGAUCUAUAAAUCGUGAAUCUUAAUUAAUUAAAUAUAUUAUUGCCACAAUUUUUUUAAAUAAAUCGACGAAAAAUUAAUCAAUCGAUUGGUGAGUCAAAAAAAUUAAACAGAGCGUGUAAAAUUAAUAAUUAUCUGUUGGAUUUAAAGUAUAAUAAUAUUAUAAUAAAUAAAAAAAAAUACCGUGAAUAACUUAAAAUAAAUUAAAUCAAGCUUGAUUGUUUUUUUUUUUUUUUUUUUUUAAUUGAUACAUGAAAUUGUCAUCAAGCAAUCAUAGUUGUAUCGUUAAUUUUUAAUUUUUUUUUCGCUUGAUUAGUGUGAUUAAAAACAUAAUCAAUUAGUUUAAAAUAAUAAUUGCUUAAAAUACAUAAUAAUAUGUAUUUUACAAAAUUAACUAGUAAAGAAAAAAAAAAAAAACUUUGAAUAACUUGAUUGAUAAAUUUUGAAAAAAGAAAAAAAUAAAAACCGAAACAAGAGACAGAAAUAUAGACUGACAAAAAUGACGAUGACAGAUUAUUAUUUUUUUUUUGACAAUGGCGUUUUUUUAUCGAAUUUUUAGUGUAAUUGAAUUUAAAAAAAUUUCGAAUAUAAUUUUUUUUUGUUUUCAAACGCCAGCAAAUUUAAUAAAAAAACAGUGUCGAAAGAUAAAUAAAAAAACGGUAAAUUAAUAAAGAAAUAAAAAGUGUAAAAGUUAAUAAAUAAUCACGGGUUAAUUAAAAUAUAAAAAAAUAAUAUUAAUAUUAUGCCGAAGCCCUCAGGUAAGUAUAGGCCAUUUGCCAACGAAUCUCGCAACUAUCAUUGAGAAAUUAAAACAAUUAAGCCUUAAACCAAACGAAAAAAAGCCUCGAAUUUUCAACCAACUCGAAUUUGUUAUUGUUGUUAAACCUUAUUUUUCUUUUUUAUAAAAAUAUAUAUAUAUAUUUAUAUAUAUACAUAAUAAUAAUUGUAAACUUCAUUAUAUUUUUUUUAUGAAUUUAUAUGUUUUUUUCUUUUUAAUUUUUCUUUCUAUUUUGUUGAUAGCGUGCGAUAGGAUGGUUUUCUUUUGGUUGAUUUUUUUUUUUUUUUUUUUUUUAAUAUUUUUAAUAAUGCAAAUAAGCGUUGCGAGGUAGACGUUGACACAUUGCUUCAUGGUCUUGAAUAUAUUAUUUAGAAGAGACAUUAAUUUAAUUAAAAAAAAAAAAAUUAUAAUAAUAUUAUUAUUUUAGUUAGGGCUCUAUCAUUGAUGACAGUCUCACGGUUAAAUUAAUUUAAUAAAAAAAAAUGUUUUAAAUAAAGUAAAUAGUAAACCGUGACAUUGUUCAUCUGUGAUAUGAUUUAUAAAAAUUAAUAAAAUUAAAAUUAAAUAAUUAAAAUUGAAAAUAAAAAACAAAAAAAAAAAAUUAUUGUAAACUUAUUGAGAUCAAUUUCGUUUGUAAUUACGAUGAAGAAAGAAAUAAACAAUGUAAAAUAAAAUAAAUAAAUAAAAAAAAAAAAAAA